AUGUUCCGACGCUCCUUUACGUCGAAGAGCUUCGAUUCUAAAAGCCGGGCGGGGAAGACCGCCAAGGCGAGUAAGAAGAAGUACGACAAACAAGCCAAAGAGAAAAUGCAGGACAAAGUGGAUAACCCGUCGCCGGGAAGGUGUGCACUGACAAGUCCCAUCAUAACGAUGAUUGUGGGCCAGGACCAGCGUUUAUUCGCUGCCCACGAGGACGUCUUAUCCAUUUCCCCGUACUUUCAAACUGCGCUGAAGGAGAAAUCUUUGGAGGAAGGUGCAAAGCAACUGGCUCUGCCUGACGAGGAGCCCGAGAUCCUUUCGUGCGUCCUCGAGUACCUAUACAAGGGUGACUAUUACCCACGGCUAUUGCGUGGUAAGCGUCGAGACUCUUGGCAUCUUGAGAAUGCCCAGGAUCCUCAACAAACCGGUGGUUGCGGGUCGAGUGAGGCGACGUUUUUCCACUCCGGUGUGAAGGACAUUGUGCUCCGAGACACGGUAGUGUACUGCACUGCCGAGAAAUACGGCCUGGAAGAGCUGAAAGAUAUUGCUCUUCGCAAGCAAGGUCUUCAAAUCGGAAUCCCGGCUGAUGUGAUCUUGCGAUCUGCUCGGUAUGCGUAUGACCACACCCCGGACACCGAAUCUCGACUGCGCGCUCAUUACCUUGCUCUCAUUAUUCGAAGCCGUAAGACUUUCAAGAGGAGCGGAACUAUGCAGAUGGAGAUGGAGAAUGGUGGCAAGCUAUUUUUUGAUCUGUUUGUGGCGAUGUGCAACCACAUGGACGACCUUGUGGAGAUCCGGUAG